CUGGCACGAUUACCAAAAUCCUUCACCGCGCCCCUAGGUCUCAACCCGAGGGCAGAACUCCGGCUCCUCUUCUUAACCCGCCACCGCCCGGCUUGGGAAGCGCCGCCGUCCGUCGUCCGCUCGCCACCGAGUGGUUUUGUAGUCAUGGUGGGAUGGCAAAGGUGUCUGCGCUCUGUCCUUCGCCAUGCUGCCACCAUGGUGGAGCAAAAUCGUGGAUCAUCUGCUUUUCUAUAUAGCACCUGUUCAAAGCCUUCUCCAUUACUGGGCCAAUGUAAACAUCUGUGGAGAGCAUCUGAUCUUUCUACCAGAAGAACCACACCUUUCUAUCAAUUUGUGCAACACUCAGGAAUAUUCAGUUCAAAGAAUUUGUUGGCUGAAGAAGAUGCAAGCAUGGUGCCUAUUUCCUCCCCUCUGACACCAGUCAUGGGAGAUGGAGGGAAAACAGAAAAAAAGACUGUGGCUUCUAAACCCUUGAGGGUACAGGCUGUUAAGAAGGAUAUCAGACAGAGUCCCAAGAAGGUCAAUCUGGUGGCCAAACUGGUUCGUGGAAUGCAGGUUGAAGAUGCUCUUUUGCAGCUGCAAGUAACUGUAAAAAGAGCUGCAAAGACAGUCUAUCAGGUAAUCCACUCAGCCCGUGCCAAUGCAGCACAUAAUCAUGGAUUGGACCCUGAUCGUCUCAUUGUUGAUGAAGCCUUUGUUGGAAAAGGGAUUUAUCUGAAGAGGCUGUCAUACCAUGCCAAAGGGAGGAGUGGGAUCAUGGUGAGACCCAAAUGCCGGCUGACAGUGGUGGUGAGGGAGAUCACAGCUGAAGAGGAGGCAAAGAUUGCUAAGCUGAGGGUCAGCAACUUCAAGAAGUUGACGAGGCGGGAGAGGCAGCUUGUUCCUCAUCAGCUUAUCGAGACCACACCAAGGUGGGGCCGGAAACGGAAGGAGGCUGCGACAGCUUGAACAUUCUGUUGUUUUUUUCUUCUUUCGGUUUGCUCGCGAAAGUCAUUGAACAUUAGAAAUUUUUAAAGAUCAACAACAAACCUCUGUAAAACCAACCUAGAUCUACUCACAGUUGUGGUGCUUGUUAUUCCAAACUUUCUGCGUCACCAUUUCUUUAAUUCUAAGUAGAUCUUGAUGAAAUUAAAUUGUAUGAAUUGAUCAGUUUAAAUUUGAGUUCACUCAA